AUGGAGGAGCCGAUGUCCAGGCUCGACCACGACCUAAUGGCGGAGAUCCUCUCUCGAGUGCCCUACAAAUCACUCUGCAUCUGCAAGUGUGUGUGCCCUGCCUGGCGCGACCUCAUCGCCGAUCCGGCGAAUCGGAAGAAGAUUGUGCAGUCCCUGGCCGGUUUCUUCUACCACAUCCCGGCCGACUCUGCCGAGUCCCGCGGCUUGGCCGUCAACUACGCCGACCUGUCUGCCUUCCCUUGGUCAAGCGUGCCUUCUACCUACCCGCGCUUGCCACUACCGCCAGACAGCGCAGACUGUUUCCUCACUGUCAAGGAUUCCUGCGAUGGGCUGUUUCUUACCCGGAUUGGGAGGGGCACGCCGGAGCCACAAUUUGGCUACAUGGUCUCCAAUCCAGCUACCAGUGAGUAUACUCUGCUGCCCCACUCUGGCUACGCCGGCAAGUGCUUUGGCUCUUACUUGGGCUUCGACAGUGGUGUCUCCACUCAAGAGUUUCAUGUGUUCGAGUUUGUGAUGGGAUGGCCAGACCAAGACCAGGAUGGGGUUCCCCCGGUUGUCACAGGACUCAACAUUUACUCUUCCCAAACUGGUGCAUGGGUAGCAAUGGAACCCAAAUGGGACAUCCAAGUUAGCUUGUGCGACGGUCAACUUGGAGUUUUCCGUGGGGGGUGUUUGCACCUGCUCAUACAUCUUGAUGGGCUGGCAAUUGUUGAUGCACAAGGGCUAAAAUGGAGGACCAUCCCCGUGCCAAAUUUCAUCGAUCCGAGUUUCUCGGGUUUCAUCGGAAAAUCUGCAGGACAACUGUUUUAUAUCAACUCUGACGACAGUGAAGAAGGAUAUGGCUCGACCUCAUUCUCAACUAUAUCUGUCUACGUUCUCGGUAGCGGGAUCUAUAACUGGGAUGCGUCUUAUUUGGACGACGGAUGCACGCAUUGGAUAUUGCUGCACAAGCUUUCAGAAGUGAUUCCAAAGGAGAAUUUUUGUCUCGGCUGGGACCUCAAAGUCGUCGGAGUACACCCACAUGCCAAUAUCAUCUUUAUGGCUGAUUUCAACAAUAAUGAACUGUUGGCAUAUGAUUUGGAUCAUCGUGAAAGUACAUCUGUACACCACAUUGAGCGGACCUACCUCGCGCAUGAGCAAUAUUUCCCAUAUGUGCCGCUGCUGUCCAGCCUACGGCUGGCAACUCCCAGUUGA